GAUGCAAGCUCUGCAAAAGUGCCCAUUUUUUUAUCUCCUGACAUGUCUUGCACUUCAUGCUCUGGGGAGUGAAAUCAUAAAUGGUAAAAAGGUCCCAGAGAAAAUGAUGCAGUAUAUGGCCUCCUUGCAGAAUGAUGCAGGUAAUCAUGUAUGUGGAGGAUUUCUCAUCAGGGAGGACUUUGUACUCACUGCUGCACAUUGUUUGAAUGGGACCACAAGUGUGGUUCUUGGCACCCACAAUCUCAAGAAGGUUGAUAACAAUACGAUGAGAUUCAGAGUAAAGCCAUGCAAGCAUCCAUCUUACAACAAUGAGGGCAGUGGCAAUGACAUCAUGCUCCUCAAAUUGUCGAAGAAGGCUAAACAGAGCAAAAAGGUGACACGGAUUCAACUUCCAACGUCUGACAUUAAAAUCAAAGACAACACAAAGUGUCGUGUGGCUGGAUGGGGUUUCACGAAAACUGGUGGUAAAAUUGUUAAUGUGCUUCAAGAGGUGGAUGUGAACGUCAUUAACCUGGAGAUUUGUAAGAGAAAAUGGAAGACGGAUAAAUUUGAACUUCCAGCCAAUGUUAUUUGUGCAGGCGGUUAUAAGACAGAUAAAGGAUUCUGCAAGUUUGAUUCUGGUGGCCCUCUGGUGUGUGACGGGAAGGCUCUUGGCAUUGUUUCUUUCAACAAGUGGGAAAACUGUAAUUACCCAGAUCUUCCGAACGUCUAUACGGAUAUAUCCAAAUACCUUCCCUGGAUCGAAAAGAUACUCAAGCAAAAACGCUUGACCAUGGACCCUAUCUACGUACUGCUGCUAGUCGUAGUCCUGAACGUGGCUGAUGGUACACGAAUUGUUGGAGGCCGAGAUGCUGAGCCCCACUCACGCCCCUACAUGGCGUCGUUGCAAGUUCGAGGUCAGCACUUCUGCGGGGGAGCUCUGGUGAAAGAGGACUUUGUGCUCACUGCAGCACACUGCUUGCUAAAUGUUCCACUCACGGUUGUACUUGGAGUUGAUUCUCUGUCCACUAAUGAGUCUACAAAGCAAGAGUUCAGAGUGCUGAGAUCCAUUCCACAUCCCAACUAUGAUGGACAUGAAAAUGACAUCAUGCUCCUGAAGCUCAGCGGCAAUGCCAGCCUGACUAACGCUGUGCAGCUGAUCGCCCCAAAAAGAGGCAGGCUGGGGCAGUGUGACACGGCUGGCUGGGGGGACAUAGGGGAUAACAACACGUUAGCCAGCAGGCUUCAGGAAGUGAAUGUCACACUCCUGUCUCUGCGGAGGUGUCAGAGAAGAUGGGGAGCGGUUCCCAUCGUCAGGUCGAUGGUUUGUGGCAUCGGAGCCCAAGUCCUACAAGGCUUCUGUUCUGGGGAUUCUGGUGGUCCAUUGGUUUGUGAUGGAGCUGCAGCAGGUGUUGUCUCCUUCUCUGGCCGGCGGUGCGGAGACCCCAAUACCCCUGAUGUCUACACACGUGUUUCAUCCUUCAGAGGAUGGAUUAGAAAUGUGUUACUCAACAAUUAGGCUCUAUGAUUGAAAACUAAUGUGUCAAUAUGUUUGUUUUGGAUGUACUUUUUAUGAUUUUCACACCCCUAGUUAUUGUUUUUGUUACACUUUUUGCAUGCAUGUGGUUCAGGUAUAACUUAAUCCAAAGUUUAUAUUGAGCUGAAUGUAAUGAUAAAGAGAAAAUGUGACAUAAAUAAAUAAACUUUGUAGUAAAUGUAGAUUUAGAAAAAGAGUAAGUGUACUUAAAUUAUUUUAAUAUAGAGUUAAGGUGGGUCGUCAGUAAGUAGAGUGGAUUUCAGUUGAACAAGUUGCCAAACCUGAUUAAAUAAUAUCUUGCUUCUU